ACCUGAUUCCUACCCAUAUCUUUAUAAACCAAAGAGGAAGACCCCGGAGAAGAGUCGUCGCUUCUACCAUGGCAUACGUCGAGAGAGGUGUUAUCAAAGAUAAGAGAACAAUAUGGCGACUGAAAACAAUCACAGACUUUUUCUGGGCCAUAAUCAACUUGAUUGGGGUCUUCUUUGCCACGAUGUUUUCGAUGGAGAAGACUGAAGCCUACCGAAAAGGUUCCGGUGCAAGCAAGAAAUGGGAUGGCGGUGGUCCAGGAGGACCGGGAAGUGGCCCAUACGGUGGGGGUGGUCCACGUGGGCCACCCCGUGGAAUGGAUAACGUUAGAGGAAUUGAUCACAGUGCAGCUCCUGCUUGUGGCUCUUGCUGUGGAGGUUGACUUCAUAUUGUACGAUAGUUUUUUUUCAAUAAUAAAUUUGGCUAUGUUAAAAAAGUUUUUAUAGUACUAUGUUCGAAGGCUAAUAGCUACUUAUCAAUUGGCAUAUGUACAUGUGUAUUUGUUAUGUGUAUCAAAGUUAAUCUUCUGAGUGCCUUGUUUGAUUUCAAUAAACUACUACUUAGUUCUA